AUGGCUGACCUUCCACCGGCGCGGCUUGCGGCGUACUCUCCACCCUUCACACAUACAGGUAUUGACUUUUUUGGGCCAUACGAAGUGGCAGUAGGAAGGCGCGUCGAAAAACGAUGGGGAAUGCUAGCAACCUGUCUAACGAUUCGAGCUAUCCACAUUGAAGUUGUACACUCGCUAACCACCGACUCGUGUAUAAUGGCGAUACGCAAUUUCAUCUCACGUCGUGGUACGCCCAGCGUUAUCUACAGCGAUAGAGGAACCAACUUUAUCGGAGCGUCUCGUCAGAUGAAGGAGGCAGCGGCUGCAGUGAACGUGGACGAAGUCGUGAAGGAGUUCAUCACUGUAGACACAACUUGGUCCUUUAACCCACCCCUCGCACCACACAUGGGAGGUAGUUGGGAGAGACUAAUAGGCAGCGUAAAACGGAACCUUCAAACAAUCAAUCCUCCUCGAAAUCCAACCGAUGAAGUGCUACGAAAUCUCAUGAUCGAAAUAGAGAACAUCAUUAACUCCAGACCACUAACUCACGUCCCAGUUGAUGACGACUGUGCUCCUGCGUUAACACCGAACCAUUUUCUCCUUGGUUCCUCAAACGGGAUUAAGCCAUUUUGCACUCUUGACGAUACCAGUGCUGCUCUCCGCCAAAACAUACUAGCUUCGCAGAUACUGGCGAAUAGGUUCUGGAAGCGCUGGCUUAGUGAUUACCUGCCGGAAAUCACCAAGCGAUCCAAGUGGUUCAACCAAACCGAUCCAGUAACCGUAGGUGACCUGGUUGUGAUAGCCGAUCCAAAGCUACCCCGUAACUGCUGGCCAAAGGGAAAAGUCAUCGAGGUUCACCCAGGCAGAGAUGGGGAGGUUCGCUCGGCCACUGUACGAACAUCUGCAGGAGUAUAUGUUCGGGUGGUCACCAAACUGGCUGUUCUGGACGUAAGGCGCGAAGGAAGUAAGCCAGCAGAAAGACUGGCAUACUCGGGGGGAGUGUGA